GAAUUAGAAUGUUGGAUCGAUCCGAAAUUCUAUGAUGAUGGCAUGUUUGAGUAAGAAAUAAUCGAAACAUGGGCGUGAUGUGAUUUCAAACAAUUGUACAAAAUAAUCUUUUGCUCACAUCAUGUAAACAGAACAAUUGUAAUUUUUAACUCUCAAUUUCGAGAUGAAAUCAUUCAUCAAUUUUAAGAUAAUACUUCUAAUGGUCUCGUCAUUAUUGCCGUGGCCAGAGUCCAGCCAUCCAUCAAUAGGAUGUUCAAGAGAAUUCUCUUUUCUAGUCAGAAAUUUUGUUUCAAAGAAAUGGAUUCCAUUGUUUAACAAGUUUAAAGUAGACAUUCCAUUGAGUUGUCCCCUGCAUCCAGAACGGGACAUUUACCAUGUAAUUCAUCAAUCAAAAUUCCAAGUUGAUCCCAGGAAAUGGAGCUGUUCUCUCUGUGGAAAAUCAUUCCAUAGAGAGCCUUUCCUUGACCUUCACAUGUUAAAGAAACAUCAAGACAAACUUCAACUAACAGAGGAUAGUGUUUGUCCUGCUGACUUUUGUGAUUUGAUACGCUGUGAGGUGCUUCACUUAGCAGAAAUAUCAAAGAACCAAAAUCAAACCAGUGAAUUCCAAAAUCCUAGAGAACAGCAACAAACAAUUACAGCUUUAGUGAAAGCCACCCCCCGAGCACAUGCUCUCAGCCGUUAUAAUCAGCAAGCAGAUAUUUGCCUGACAAACGAUGAACAAUGCAAGAGAAAGGGUUGGCUAAUUCUUCCGUCGCAACUACCACAGAUGCACUGCUGUUCCCCAGCGCCUUCCAGUCUCGCGAAACCGGUCUCGAAUCAAACGGUUACUCAAUGCCGUACCAACAAUACAAGUGACGUCAAUCCAGAGACGAUGUUGCCUUCAACCUCCAAAGAAGAAGAACUAUCUGAACGUAUCAGGCAGAAACAGAGCUCUUGUCGAGACGAAGACUUCAUUCAACUUCGUUCGGAAUGCGCCCGAUUGAUUGGCAUGUGUACUACUGGUCUAAUUCUACGUUUGAGCAAUCAACAAUUUUUACAUCUGAGAGAUGAGCUCAAUCGUACGGUCUGCUGGCAUUUACAGUGUGAUCGUUAUUGGACCGAGGUUAUAAGCGCAGAGGCUAGCACUUCUACAUUACUUUUAAUAGGAAUCGCAUUCGCUGCCGUUGGAUCUGCUAGUUCAUACAUAAUUGUUUGCGUUCUUUGUCGGGAGCCUCAGCCAUCGACUAUUCAGCCCAGCAGCUGUGUUGAUCAGGUUCCUAAUAAGGAAAGAAGAUCGCGGUUUAACGGAAGUGACGAAUGGAAUACUAUUUCACAUCCCCAUCAAGCUAACAUAAAUCGAAUAAGCAAAUCGUCUGAAUCCUAUUUGAAGUGCUUAGAAUCAUCAUCUUUUAUCAUCGAAGCCGAUGUGGAGGAGAACAGCUUAAUUUGAAAUUGAUCUCAAAAUCAGGUCUUUACUUUAGUCUAAUGCUAUCGCGAACUACGGAUAGGUAGAAUUUAACCUGUAAUAUGGCUUGUAACCGGUGACAAUUUUUAUUUACUUUCAAUUCGAGCAAGCAAUCUUUCUAGUCAAGUAUAUGUCAGUCCUCUUUAAACAUCACCGUAAAUUCCAAAUAUUAUUAGUGCACAUUUGUGUUACUAUUUAUAAACCAUGCAAGCGAUUAGUACAAUACCUUGAUUAUUUAAAUUAAACUGUACCAUUAGUACAACUGUGA